UUCAUGACAAAUGCCAGCAUGGCUAAGCCGCUUACUGAGCCACAAGGCCACUGAGUUUCCCCACUCAGCUCACUCAGCGAUCCAGAUAUCCAAGGCCUGCUCUAUCGCAAAUUUUACGUGACGACUGGUGUCACUGUGUCUGGCAUAACUUACUAGUCCCUACACCGGGAAGUUUCAUGGUGCCCCUCAACGUUCGACUCUGUAGCAGGCCUGAGCAUUAAAUAAUCGGUGUUGAUAGCGGUUCCUAGAAAGUGCUCGCACACCCCGCCCUUUUACUCUAUGGAUAAUAUUUACCCCCCCUCUGCUGCGGUUCAACUUGGAAGAACGGUACUGCUGCCACCUCGAGGUGUAAAUAAUGUCUUUAUUGUUGUAUUGACGAGCUUGAUGUACGAUUUCGCGACCAACCUGGACGAAGAGCUCGACUACCUCAUGGGUUCCCGAAUGACACUGGCAAAAGGGCUAUUUCUUGGAUGCCGUUACAUACCCUUCGUGUUAUGUGCCUUGCAUAUUCAAAUGGCCCUCUCACAGAGCAUUGAGGCUUGCCCAGGGCUUUCUGAAAGCAAUAUAUUGUUCCUUGGGAUUCUUCUGAUAUGCGCAGAGUGUAUCUUUGUCCAACGAACGUAUACGUUAUGGAACUAUAAUCGACGUGUUCUAAUAGCGCUGUCGAUUUUUCUUUUGGGACUUCUCUGUGGGACAGUAAUACUGGUACUGUCAUGCGGGUUACAAUUGAAAACCGCCACUUUCGCACAAGGUUGUUCCUCCAGUAGUUCGAUAUCGCCUCACUUCAUUAUUGUACCCUACAUCUUUCUGUUACUCCUCGAAAUAGAGGUUGUUGGUCUCACCUUCUACCAAGUGAUCAGAUUCUACCGUACUACACGCUGCCGGCUUUUAACGGUGAUGACACAAUACAGCGUAGGUUAUAUUCUUGCUGGGUUAUUAUUCACCAUAUGCAAUAUCGUUGCAAUCUGUUUUGUUCCGGGCGACUAUGGUCCUGUAUUUGAAGCGUCACAGUGUAUUGCACAGAGUCUUCUAGUAACUCGAAUGCAACUUGAGCUGUGGAAGCUUGAGCGCUACCCAGCGGCCCCUACAUCGUAUUCGAACGAUCAAACGGAAUUGGAGUUUGAAUUGCCACAAAGAGCAUCCGUCGCGCCCAACAGCUCCGUUCUUGCAAUCUAGCAAGGUUUGGUACGAGCAUGAUGGCUGAGUGCCGAGGCUGGUGAAGUCAAAUCACCCUUGGGUCAAUAGAGCAUAUUCAAAGCCAUGUACAUACUCCUGCCUCCUGAAAUACAAUACCAUGGUCAGGGAAGCGCGCUAAGUGGC